AUGGUGUAUAUGGACGUUCUGAAAGCAGUUGGGGGUGCCGCGCUCAAUGAUCUUAAGGACAAGCUGCUUGGUCGUAAAUAUGGCGAGGCCACUGAAGCUGUAAACGCGAUUAUUGCCAAUCAGGUCAAACUGUUCGAAAACAUGGGUCGAACUAUCCAGAAAGCUAUUACUCAAAGCACUAUGGACUCACAGACUGUAAAGAUCAGGACCUGGACUCAGCUCCUUGCAGAUGCCCUUGCAAAGGCUGCUACGGGUUCGCCUGACGAUCUUACGACCAUGAUAAAGGAUUUGAAAACCCCAGGGACCGGCAUCUAUUUUACUCUCAGUACAAUAAAUGACUGUAUGACCAAGAAGGUGUCGGGAUCUGAUGACCCUGGUCUGAUAUACCUUUACAAUAAACAAAUCCAAGACAAAGUCAGCUCAGACGACAUGGGGCAGACGGUGUCGUGGAUGUUUGCGAUGCUUGAUCAGUAUCUCGAGGGCUACGGCAACAUCCAGCUCGCAGGUCUCGCGCUGCGCAUUGCGACAGCUGAAAGUAGGAGUCUCCCUAUGAUGCCACUAUCGCCGAUCCCUUUGCAUCGACUGACCAACAUCUUUCUAGCCUCCGACGAAGUACAAAAGUACUCAGACUCCUUGCUCAAGAACUUGGCCGAUCAGAGGGACUACGCAUACUCGCUCUUUCCCACAGUCAUCAGGAAGUUCAAACCUGAUUACGCUACGGAGAUGACUUCGCCUAUGUCAAAGUGGACCCGAUAUUAUGUUGCCGGUGGUCGCAAAGCGCUUGCGAGGAAGACAACAGGCUGGGCAGGGAGAGUUGGAACCGAACUAACAGCAGAAGAAAUGAAUCCCGAGCCCAGAAGCGAGUGGAAAUUGGAUCAUGCUUGGGAACGACCCGGUACUUUCGAGCUAGUAAACCGACUUAACACUAGUGACAACAAGAAAAAUUACCUCAACGCGUACUACAUGCAAACGAGUGGCGUGGGCGCAAACUACUACGAAUGCCAAGCGAAUACCGCUCCCGAUAGCUCGAGAGCAAAGUUCAAGAUUGUACCCAACUGGGACUCUCAGUGGCCACGGUUCAGGCUUAAGGCUGAGAAUACUUCUAUCCGGAACAAAUUCCCUUUCGAUACCGAAUGGGAGAUGACUGAUGAAGGGGUUGGCCAAGACGAUAAUGAUCGUCGAGCUUAG